AACACACCAGGAAACGUUCGGCUAACAACAUCCAGGUAGCUAGCGAACUUGUAGAUUUGUUUAUUCUUAGUCUAAAUAACUGAGCAAUUGUGUUUUGGACUUUUCAACAUGAUCACAUUCGUUGUAACGAUAUCAGAACGUUGUUGUCACACGUGGAUAUUAACGUUACUACCGUUAGCUAAUGGCAGCUGUCCAGUUUAGCUAGCUAUCUAGCAAGACAAUUUUCGUUUCCAUAUAACGACGUUAUCUUUUUCCCAAUACACGACCGUGCAUAAGACUCAUAGUGAGAGAUGCCUCCUGCAAACAAACCAGCGAGAAAAGAUGACUCACCGCUUGAGUUGGCGUGUGAGUGGGGGUCUUGUCAAGAGUCAUUCGAUCAGAUGCAGGAGUUCUGCGGGCAUGUGGAGGGUCACUUCAAGGCGCUGGACAUCGAGGAAGGUGACACUUUCUCAUUUGAGGAGCACAGUUGUAUAUGGAAAGACUGUGGGUUCUGCUCUGUGGAGAGUGCUGAGGAGUUGAAGCGCCAUGUGUAUUUCCACUGUUACCACACCAAGCUGAAGCAGUGGGGCCAGGGGGUAUUCAAGGCCCAGCCCAGCCUCGGCACCUGCACCAUUGGCCUCCACAACCGCAACAUCGUGCCUGACAUAACAGACAACUUCAUCUGCCAGUGGGAACAAUGUGAGCAACCCUCUCUGGUCAACCCAGAGUGGUUCUACCGCCAUGUGGAGAUGCACACCAUGUGUAUGGACGUACCCUCUGCUGAUAAGGAGACAUUGGUGUGCUGUGGCUGGAAGGACUGCGAGGCCAAGUUUAAAGGGCGUUUUAAGCUGCGGGAGCACCUGCGGAGCCACACUGGGGAGAAGGUGGUGGCCUGCCCAAUCUGUGGAGGGAUGUUCGCCAACAACACCAAGUUCUUUGACCACAUCAGACGGCAGACCACCAUCGAGGGUCAGAGGUUUCAGUGCUCCCACUGCUCCAAGCGCUUUGCAACGGAGAGACUACUGCGGGACCACAUGAGGAAUCAUGUGAACCACUACAAGUGUCCAUUGUGUGACAUGACCUGCCCGUCCCCCUCAUCGCUGCGGAACCACAUCAAGUUCCGCCAUAGCAAGGAGAAGCCUUACAGCUGUGAAUACUGCGAGUACAGCUGUAAAAACCUUAUCGACCUUCGUAAACACCUGGACACCCACAGCACUGAGCCGGCCUACCGCUGUGACCUCACUAACUGUGACUACACCACACGCUCACUGCACUCCAUCAAGAACCACUACAAGAAAGUACAUGAGGGAGAUUUUGUGGCUCGCUACAAGUGUCAUGUCUGUGAGCAGUGCUUCACUAGGGGAAACAACCUCACUGCCCACCUCCUCAAGAAGCACCAGUUCAAAUGGCCCUCCGGACACCCCCGAUUCAGGUAUAAGAAACACGAGGACGGCUUUAUGCGUCUGCAGCUGAUUCGCUAUGAGAGCGUGGAGCUGACUGAACAACUGAUGAGAGAGAGACCGGAGGGCCAGGAGGGGGAGGAGGGAGACGAUGCUUCCCAGACAGAUAGCCUGGGGCCUGGGGAGGACGAGGAGGAGGCCAGGGCGGUAGCACACUCCACGGACAUACAGGUGGAGAUGAGAGGGGUGCUGUUGGAGGAGGGUGGGGUGGGGGAUCAGGGGGAGGGGGUGUUCUAUGUUCUGACUAGUGGUGACCCGUCUCAGGCAGGGGAGGACACUGUGAUGCUACAGGACACUGCUCAGCAGCUGGGCAUGCAGGUCGUAUAACUACUACAACCCCUCACACAUACUGCUCCUCUCAUGGCUCUGGCAUCUGGGCAGUGACCCAGCACAGAGAGGCACCAGGACUUGAGGAAUGUUGAGACGGAAGAGCUGCACCUGUCACUAGGCACACCUGUGUGAGGAGGAGGACCUCUUCAAGGAUUCAGAGUAUGGAGGGAAAUUAACAGUGGCUCCUAAAUAUUGAGAUUCAACCAGCAACGCUGGCCUAAUCUGCCCUCAGUGCAGGGCACACGCUUCACAGCACAAAUUUUAGAAGAUGUGGAGUUGAACUGAAGAGGUGUUUUCCAACAUCUGAUCCAUAAUUUGUGGAGACCCAGACAGUUGCUAUGUUUUGCAUCAUAAACAUUUUUGAGCUUAACUGAAGGGACUCGAUAGGGGUAGCCUAUAUUAUAAUGCAGGAUCAAUAAAUGAACCAGUUAACUUGCGUAAAUGUGACUUGUUUCAGGAAACUAUCCGUAUGUCAAGCGUCACUACUUCACAGGAGGCAUUUGAACUUUUAUUUUAGUUUUUGUUGGCAGAAAUGUGUUCUGGCACAUGUGAACUUUCAUGUGCCUUAAUAACAAAUGUGUAUGCCAUCUGUAAAUAGGAAUAAAAUACGAGCCAUGGAAAAAGACAGGAACCUUCCCUCCAGCCAUGAUUGGCUGGACAUGCCGAGAGAUGAGUUUGGAUUGGUCUGCCAUGUAGCCCACUUCUGUCUAUAAUAUGAGCUGGUCAGUAUGUGUAGGUAAUCCUAUUCUGUCUGUAACAUGAGCUGGUCAGUAUGUGUAGGUAAUCCUCUUCUGUCUGUAACAUGAGCUGGUCAGUAUGUGUAGGUAAUCCUCUGUCUGUAACAUGAGCUGGUCAGUAUGUGUAGGUAAUCCUCUUCUGUCUAUAACAUGAGCUGGUCAGUAUGUGUAGGUAAUCCUCUUCUGUCUAUAACAUGAGCUGGUCAGUAUGUGUAGGUAAUCCUCUUCUGUCUAUAACAUGAGCUGGUCAGUAUGUGUAGGUAAUCCUUUCUAACAUGUAUUUUUUGAAAGAUAUUACAAAGAACUGCAAAAGUGUUGCUAAUGUUCUCCACUUUCUGGAGGACCGAUUUUUAAAAUCAGCGGAAUGCCCAGUGGAAGCAGAGUUUGAUAGCUAAGGGGAUGGAGAAAAUUCUGGCUUUUGAUUGCAAAUAUGCCGAGGGAGUCAAAGAGAACACACAGAAGGCUGUUGUAUAAAACACCUGUCUCCGGAUUACAUCUUCAAACUAAGGGCAACCAUAGCAUACAUGACAAAGAUACCACCCUGCAUACCACUGCUGGCUUGCUUCUGAAGCUAAUCAGGGUUGGUCCUGGUCAGUCCCUGGAUGGGAGACCAGAUGCUGCUGGAAAUGGUGUUGGAGGGCCAGUAGGAGGCACUCUUUCCUCUGGUCUAAAAAAUAUAUCCCCAAUAUGAUUGGGGACACUGCCCUGUGUAGGGUGCCGUCUUUCGGAUGGGACGUUAAACGGGUGUCCUGACUCUGAGGUCAUUAAAGAGCCCAUGGCACUUAUCGUAAGAGUAGGGGUGUUAACCCCGGUGUCCUGGCUAAAUUCCCAAUCUGGCACUCAAACCAUCACGGUCACCUAAUAAUCCCCAGUUUACAAUUGUCUCAUUCAUCUCCCUCCUCUCCCCUGUAACUAUUCCUCAGGUCGUUACUGUAAAUGAGAACGUGUUCUCAGUCUACUUACCUGGUAAAAUAACGAAUAAAUGUUUAAAAAAAGAGGGAGAAGCGUUUAUCCAUGAAUACGAGUAAGAGAGUCUAGCUACAUUUUCAGAUAUUAUACGUUUCUAAUUUUGUCAAAGUUGUUUUCUUUGCAAUUUUAAAGCAUACUGUUAGCUUUGUGUAUGGUCUGUGUAGUAAUAUUAUUUGUAUCUCUGAGCCAUAUGCAUUGCUAGUUAUAGCCUAAUUUUAGCUAGCUAACAUUGAACCUAGUUGGUAAGCUUUAGCUACCUGCAGAUUCAUGCAGGGUAGUAACGUUAUGAGUUGGGAUUAUGGUUCAUUAUUUAGCUAGCUAGCUACAUGUCUAAACAAAAGACUCCACUAUGCAAGUAACCAUUUCACUGUACCAUUUAUACCUUCUGUAUCCUGUGCAUGUGAGAAAUAAACUUUGAUUUAGUGUGA